GGGGAGAAGAAGAACGGCAAGUACGAGAAGCCGCCGUUCAGCUACAACGCGCUAAUCAUGAUGGCCAUCCGGCAGAGCCCCGAGAAGCGCCUCACGCUCAACGGCAUCUACGAGUUCAUCAUGAAGAACUUCCCCUACUACCGGGAGAACAAGCAGGGCUGGCAGAACUCCAUCCGCCACAACCUCUCCCUCAAUAAGUGCUUCGUCAAGGUGCCCCGCCACUACGACGACCCGGGCAAAGGGAACUACUGGAUGCUCGACCCCCCCAGCGACGACGUCUUCAUCGGGGGCACCACUGGGGCAGGAUCCUUGUACUGGCCUAUGUCCCCCUUCCUCUCCCUGCAUCACCCCCGGGCCAGCAGCACUUUGAGUUACAACGGGACCACGUCCGCCUACCCCAGCCACCCAAUGCCCUACAGCUCAGUGUUGACUCAAAACUCCUUGGGAAACAACCACUCCUUUUCCACGUCUAAUGGGUUAAGUGUUGAUAGACUAGUCAAUGGAGAGAUACCUUAUGCCACUCAUCACCUCACAGCAGCAGCUCUGGCCGCCUCAGUGCCGUGUGGCUUGUCAGUUCCCUGCUCCGGCACCUAUUCCCUAAACCCCUGCUCUGUAAACCUCCUAGCAGGACAGACGAGUUACUUUUUCCCCCAUGUUCCUCACCCUUCAAUGACUUCUCAAAGCAGCACUUCAAUGACGGCCAGGGCAGCCUCCUCCUCCACGUCGCCACAGGCGCCCUCCACUCUCCCCUGUGAGUCCUUAAGACCUUCUUUGCCAAGUUUUACAACGGGACUUUCCGGAGGACUUUCUGAUUAUUUCACACAUCAAAAUCAGGGGUCUUCUUCAAACCCUUUAAUACAUUAACAUCCAUGGGAUCAGACUGUAAGUGAACAUUUUACACACAUUUGAAUUGUAAAUGAUAAUUAAAAGGAAAAAAAGC